CCGCUCGCAGUCCGUGUCGGGUGCACCGUAUACUGAAGUGUCUAGCAGAAGUAGUGAGCUUGAAUGCCCUCAGAUCAUUGAGUUAAAUAUGCCGUGGAAUACUGCAGCGCUUCGUUUGUGUUGCAUCCUUUCAACCCUGCUGUGGAGCUCAGGGAAUGCAAUAGACUGUGAGCUACGGCAGACGUGUAGCGACUGCAUCACAAUUGACUUGACCUGUGGCUGGUGUGCCGAUGAGGGUGUAAGACUGGACAGCAGAUGUAGACUGAACGGAAUGCACACUGACUGCGGCAAUGUCUUUGCUCCAGCCAGCGAGAUAGUGGUGCCCCAAGAGCCUCCGCCGGCGACCGCCAUAUCUCCGGAGACGUACAACGUAUCUCUCAGGAACACUGACACUCUCUCGCUGCCGAUUGACGUCACGACGGUCCGGAACAUUCCGCUAGACCUCUACAUUCUCUUCGACGUUUCGCAAUCGAUGGACGAGGAGAUUUCGGCCAUUCAGGGAGCCUCAGCUGAAAUUAUUGCGAGACUGCAAAACAUCACUGAUGAUGUACAGGUGGGAGUAGGAUCCUACGUCGACAAGGCAACACUUCCCUUCUCAAGGCGAAACUUGACACAAGAGUCGGGGUGUAUUAAACCUGGAGGACCCUGUUACAACUUCCGUCACUACGGGCGAAUGACUAAUAGUCGUGAAGAACUAUCGGAGCGUUUUUCCCGGAUCGAGACGGGCUCAAACAUCGACGCACCCGAGGCAGGCCUGGAUGCCAUGGCACAGGCUGUCAUCUGUAACGAGAGCGUGGGGUGGAGGGAUUCCGCCGUGAAGAUGAUCCUCACUUUCACGGACGACGCCUUCAAAUUUUCCGGGGAAGGACGGCAAGGAGGGAUUCUGACUCCAUUUGAGACUGUGUGUGGCCUCACAAACAGUACAGAGACCAACAGUUACACCAUGUACUCUGGCCUUAGAAAUGACUACACGUCACCUGGACAGCUACUGAGCUUUCUGGAAUCCUCCAACAUCAUUCCAGUCUUUGUGUCUGUCACCAGUAGUGCUCAGGCACAGGGUUUCUAUAACGUCUCACAAACACAUCAGGAGCUUGCCCGACUCUACAACAUGAGGCUGAGUGGUAGAGCCAGCUUUGCCAGCGUCAACACAACCGGAACUAACGAAACUGGUAUUGCAAAUAGCAUUCUCACCAUCAUUGACCAGCAAGUUCUGUUCAUCCUCUCUCAAACUGGACUUUCUCCCGAAAGAAUCAACGGGAUUUCAUUUUCAGUUAAAGCUGAAUGCCCUGCAAGAGCUAUUGAGCUGAAUGAAGGCACGAAUAUGGAGUCGUGCAGCAACGUGAGCGUGGGCGACACCACUCGCUUCACUCUCAACGUUAAACUCUUGGACUGCGAAGUAUUUGGCACUGAAACCAGGGAGGUAGCUGUGAGCGUGUUUCCACUGGGGCGAGUGGUCAUCGAAAUCACGCCAAUCUGCUCCUGUCUCUGUGACGAUUAUGAGGUGAAUAGUCCAAGAUGCAGCUUCAAUGGAAACUUCUCUUGUGGUGAAUGUACCUGCAAGGAGGGAUAUUGUGGUCUUCAGUGUCAGUUCAAUGUCAGUGUCAGAACAGGCUGCCCUGAUGGUCUUGGAGGGAAUAUCUGCAGUGGAGAGAGGGGGGCGUGUCUGGGGACCUGCGAGUGUGUGUGUGAGAUGAACCUCACUGCAAUAGUGGACAAUCCAAAACUGCUUCGAGUUGGGGUGAACGCCAGUGCAUUUGGCCCGCCUGCGAGUGUGACUAUUUCACCUGCCUGCCUCCAACUGGUUCUGAAACCACGGUCUGCUCCGGUAAUGGUGACUGCUGCAACGGGAAAUGUGUGUGUCAUUUCGACGAGAACGGAAACCAGUAUCGCAGCGACGGAACGAACGACCUCAACUGCAGAUGCAAGCCUGCAGAAGUCGUCUGUCAACCUAAUUCUACUGAACUGUGCAGUGGAGUUGGUAGGUGUGACUGCGAUAGUUGCAACUGCCCAGAACCUUACAGUGGACAACACUGCCAAUAUGUGGGACUAGAAGACUGUUUCGAUCUCGCCACUGAACCAGAGAUCGAGACGUGUAUCUUGAACGAGAAAGGCAGGACCAACCGUGAGACCCGGUGUCAGAGCUGCUCGUUCAGUGUCUUCACACUGUCAACGUAUCGUGCGUGCUCAUCAUUCCUCUCAGCCAACAGCCAACCAGUGCAGACGAAGACGUCGUUCAGAAAACAAUCGUAGAUUUUGUUGCCCAGACGCCUGAUGGUCAGCUCAUCACUUGUGCAUGCCACCAUUAAACCCUGUACAUUGUUUAUUUGUGAUAAUAAUUAUAGUGAAACCUCUGAAUAAGGGACACUUUAUGGACGUGGGAAAAGUAGAGGUAGCCCUCAGUCAGAAGCGUGGGGAAUCAUCAAGUGUCCUUUGUAGGUUACUCUUUUCAGAGGUUUUGCUGUUCAUUGCCCAUUAAAGAACAGUUAAGAACGUGUCCUCACUAGAGAGGUGUUCCCACUCAUUUCGGAAGUGUUGUGGCCCCACUGCAAAAUGUAAUGUAGUCCUGCAUUUAGAAACUGAUUGAUACACUUUCCCCAGGUCCCCCAGGUACUUCGUACAAGUUUAUUAAGAUGUGCUUCUUCGUCGAUAACGACUCGUGCACCCAUGAUUAUUACGUCGUCUACAACGAAGAUGACAUCAGCGAACUCGUGUUUGUUGCUGAGGAACAGAGAAGGUGCCCAAGUACGUCAGAGGCCUUCCAGCUGCCGAUUGAGCUCUGGGCCUUGGCCAUCAUCCUCCUGGGGCUGCUUCUCCUGUUUGGACUCUUCAUUCUCGUCAUCAUCAAACUUCUGUUCUUGUUGCUGGACUACUUUGAGGUAAAAAGAUUGGAGAAAGAGGUUGGAAUGGCGGACUUCUCAAAGAAUCAGAAUCCCCUGUAUCAGAGUCCGGACGUGGAAUACAAAAAUGUUGCCUAUGGCAAAGAGUAGCUUCAAUUCUCCACAUAACAAACUGUUAUCGUGUGCUAUUGUAAUUAUUGUACCUCCACUUCUCUCUCAAUUAACUCUCAUCUCAGUUUGUAGCAACUUAUAAUAUAGGAACCUUUUUACUACUUGUAUUAUACUUAUCGUAUUUACUCUGUUAAUAUUACAUUUUUUGCCAUAAAAUUUUAAUUGUGUUGUGUUAGGCUCAGAUGAUCAAUGAGAAAUUAAUGGGGCAAGCAG